UGUGCUUCAUUGCAUCAACGCCAGGGAGGGGAGUGUAAUAAGAAGUUUGUGGUCGGGCGGAGAGAAGAAGUCUUCGGCUUCGGCGGCGAAAGUGGAGUGGUUGGUCCGAGAAAGCUGCGGCGAUGGCAUCUUCAGCAUUGCCGGCCGAAAUGGCUGCCUCAGGAGUGAAGGAGACUGGGCGUCCUUUGACCAUCGAGGAGCUAUGUUUCACGUCUGCCAUGAGCUGCUUUGAAGGGUGGCUCAAACUCGAUCCGGCCAUCGGACCUCGCACCAUGGCAUAUGUCACCAAGUUCAUCUCGAGGACGCUGGAAAAGACGCACAACCUGAAAGACGUCAGAGAGACAUUGUCCAAGAGCGUUGAGGUUUGGAUCUGGCUCACCAGGGACUUUGCCGCCGCCAUUCCUAGCUUGACUACUCGGUCCAUCGGCCCCCUGUCCAGUCUCAACGACCCCGACAAGGGCGUCACUCCCCUCGAGAGCACAGCACUGAUCACGAAGAACUAUCCGUCUCUGAAGGAGGACCUGCAGUUGCUCAUCAAGCUCAUGCACAUCGCCAGGAACCUGCUGGUCGUGCCCGAGCCCGAGAUCCCCCAAGACCUCUGUGCUGCAGCCCAGUUCGACCAGAUGCUCUACCAAACCAUCAUUCUCUGCAUUAACGUCACAAGCAAGGCUUACGACGGCGAUGUUCUCGAGGAGGCUGCUAGGUUGAAGCUGAGCGACAUCACCGAGUUAUACAAAAAACUACUCGUUACAUGUUUGCAGCAAGCCCACAACUGGAUCGCCAAAAAUGACCGCAACAAGAUGGCCUUCUGGUCUACCGUCUUGUUCGAUGACGAUGCUCUCUCCGACGAGUCCGACGGGAACGCCUACGGGGAGUUCCGCCCGGACGUUGCAAAGGCCGAGGUUCAGAACUGGUUUGAGAGAAACUCGCGCUUCUGCGACAAGGCUCGCCAACUGCUCACAGAGUACGAAAAGACGGUGGCGAGCAAGGGGCUCCCUCCCGGCCACCUGCCUUGCAUCUCGCCCCUAGCCUGGAACUGGCUGCCCGAGGGCACUGUGCGCGUACGAGCAGACGACAUUGGCGACGACACCAAGAUCACCCCACAGUGGAAGGAGGACGAGCCCGAUAAGUUCGAGCAAGACAAGGCCUACGGGCGCGUGUCAAGGGAAGUGGAUACUUGGUGGCUCAGGGUCCGGGACCCCAACUAUGACGAAUGGGUCGUCCCAAUGCCAACAGUCGAGUUCGCGCAGCAGAGGACGGAAAACUGCAAAGCAAACCUGGUGAACCGGUACGCUCACCCAUACCGCCCCCCCGAGCACGAGGGUUCCGUCCAUUCCGCAGAGGGUGCUCCGGCGCCCGAAGGCUCGGCAGAUCAGGAAGGGAAAGACGGCGGCCACUAUGUUCACGACUACAACGACGACAUGAUCGAGGAUGAGGACAUCGACGAUGAUGACUCGUAUGGCGAGGGGCCCAUGAACGGCUUGCUGACCGAGGUUCCCAACAUUCUUGAUCCCAAGCAGAUCGAGGCCCUCCACAUGAUUGUCAAAUCAUGCAUUCUCGACAACGCUGGCCUGGCUCUGAGCAGGGCAGGCGAGAACCUCCAAAAGACGAGGUGUAGGAUGUUCUUGGCAAUGGAGUGUGGGAGGAGCCUGCUCAGGGAGAUCCUCGUCUUCAUCGCCGUCUGGGAGAAGAGCGAGCAGUCGCUGAUCUUCCAGCUUACCACCCAGAUCGUCGAGGCGAUUCAUCACAGCGCCCUGAUCCCGUUCGCCUGGCAGUCAUUGCGCAUUCCCAAGGACAUCAUCUCCCCCGCCCAAACAGUCCUGUUGAGGUUGAUCAACAACAUGUUUCGCGCCCGGAACAACGACCCACCACCGCCCGAUUCAAAAGAGCAUCUCCGGGACGUCAAGUUGCUCCACUUCCUCUUCAUCCAAAUCCGGAGCCGGAUAGUGCCCGAGUGCGCGGCGCUGAUGCAUCUCCAAGCCCAAAUCCGCAACGACCUCUGCGACCCGGCGGACUUCCCUGUCGACAGCUGGGACAUGGAGCGCGCCAAGGACGGCAUUCAACAGUUUCUCGAGCUUUUCACGACUGUGAACGAACUCCCGGAAACUCGCCAGUACCUUAUCGAGUGGGAAGCUACCUAUGAGCUCCUCACCCUGCUAAAGGGCCUAGAAGCCGGCGUUCCCAAGAAGCCCAUGGUCGAAAUGCCCAACCGUCAUAACAAACCGCGCCAGAACGCCCAGCAGCAACAACAGCCGCCACCGCAUCCAGACGAUCCUGAUGCAGGCUACGACUCGGAAGACCGCCCUCUGGCCCCACCCCCACCACUCGAAGAACCUGCCCACAAAUACCCCUGGGCCGGCAUCAAAGGCCAGAUCCUACACAUUCUCGCGGGCCUCCUGCAACCGCCCCCCGGACGGAGCAGCCCGGGGAACCCCGAGGUGCAGUCGCAGAUCCUGCGCCACAACGGCAUCAUCAGCCUGCUCAACUGCUGCGUCUACGACGACCACAACCGCUACGCCCGGGAGCGCGUGCAGAUCUGCCUCAAGUGGCUCAUGGACGGCUCCGAAGAGGCCAACAAGUACCUGCGGGAGCUAAUCGCCAUGUCGCCGCCGCCCGACCUGCGAGCCCCCCAGCAAGCCCAAGGGUCCGACGGCGCUGCGGCGGCGGCACCUCCACAACCGCAGACCACGACCCUACGGAUAGACGGCGUCGCGGGCGAGGUCAAGGUUCGGCUGAGGGUACCCGGCGAGCCUGUCCCGCCCCGCCCAAUCAUCCCCAGCGCUGCCGCCGCCAUCACCACAUCCUCAUCCUCCUCCACGGCUCCAGGCUCGGCCGCCGGAGCCGCCGACGACCACAGCAGCAACAACAAAACCAACAACGAAAACGCCAACAAUGCGCUGCCGCCUAUCCAGGGGAGCCGAGCAGGUGAAAGAGCCUCCGGGGCGGGGCCCGCGGCAUCGUCGUCGUCAUCAUCGGCGCUGCCGCCGCCGCGGAGCCGGCCGGAAGAGCUGCUGAGGGAUAUCAUCACGCUUGCGGACGAGGCGGCGAGGUUGGCGAUGGGGCGCCCCCUGGAAGGAGACGAGACGGAGGAGGAAGGCGGGGAAGACGAUUUCAUGUAGACCACACCGGGCGGUUAUCAUCAUCGGCUCCCUUGGACUAGAAUUUGCCCAGCAUCCCUCGCCUUUUUUCGGCCAAAUCGGCCAAUCACUCUCUACCAACUUGAUCAGGCAGAUUUAAGAAACGCAAUUAGAGAAACAUGAAUGUCAUGCGGUCUCUCACGUUGAGGCAAGGCAGAGGAUCCAAAA